UAUACACAUAUAUAUGUAUAUGCGUUUGUAGAGCUUAAUAUAGGAAUGGCGACUUCAGGGUUCAAGCAUUUGGUGGUUGUCAAGUUCAAGGAAGAUGCUAAGGUCGAUGAGAUCUUGAAGGGUUUAGAGAAGCUUGUUUCUGAAAUUGAAUCUGUCAAAUCCUUCGAAUGGGGACAUGACAUAGAGAGCCAUGAGAUGCUAAGACAGGGCUUCACUCAUGCAUUCUCAAUGACGUUUGAGAACAGAGAAGCUUACGUUUCUUUCACGAGUCACCCUCUUCACGUUGACUUCUCCGCCGCCUUCACGGCCGCCAUUGAUAAGAUCGUCCUCCUCGAUUUCCCCGUCGUGGCCGUCAAGCCCACCAUGCCAUCGUCAUCAUCAUGAAUCAUCCAUCAUCAUCAUAUAUCAUAGAUCAUAUGCAUAUUAAUUUCCAUGUAUUAGAGAAACUGCAUCCACGCCUCUCUGUCUGUCUAUUUGAUCAUCUACUUAAUCGGUUUGGAGUUAUGCUAUCUGAGUAUCAUAUGCUACCGGUUUGGGAUGAUUCGGCUUUCCGGUUAUGAGGAGAUCCGGUUUUAGUUGGUUCCCCCUGAAAAAAGCAGAUGACUAUAUGUUUAAUUAGGGUCUGGACCAUACUACAAGUACCUUAAAAUAUGAUUUCUCUA